AUGACUUUGAAGACAAAAGAGGGCGACCUGGAAUCUUCCAGCCCCCAUCAGAGGUCAAAUGGCAGCGAGAUCGAAGUGAGUGUCGCCAGUCACACCCCAGUGCUGGAGCAGAGCUUCGGCCUUAUAAGUGCGUGUGCCACUGGUGUCACCACCGGAAACUCUUGGGCUGUUCUAGGCGGUGGCAUUGUUGCUUCUCUUUACAACGGCGGCUCUCCCGGAGUUAUUUAUGAGUUUAUUGUUGUGUCAAUCUUCUACGGCUUCAUCGGAGCAUCCAUCGCCGAACUGGCCUCGGCAGUCCCGUCUUCCGGAGGAGUCUACCAAUGGGCUACUAUCACGGCCGGGCCCCGAUAUGGCAGAAUCUGCGGCUGGUUUGCAGGGUGGUUGAAUGGCCUAGCUUGGGCGUUCGCCGUCGCGAGUAACUGUGUCAUGCUCUCCAACAUGAUCGUGUACGCUUACGGCCUCUACCACCCAGACUUCGUCCCAGAGCGUUGGCAGAUCUACAUCUGCUAUCUUAUCAUUUCGUGGGGCUGCUGCUUCACAGUCAUGUUUGCUCAACGUGCGCUUUCGUUCAUUAGUCGGCUGGGAUCUUUUUUGAUCAUGGCAGGCUUCCUUAUUGCGGUGAUUGUAUGUGCCGUCAUGCCCAGUCAAACGGGCUCCGGCUAUGCCUCGAACGCCGUAAUCUGGAAAGAGUGGAAUAACUUGACGGGUUAUUCCAGUACAGGAUUCGUAUUCAUUUCAGGAAUGUUGAACGGCGCCUUUGCGAUAGGUGCCAUCGACUGUGUUACGCACAUUGCCGAAGAAAUUCCAGACGCGCGUAGGAGUAUCCCCAAAGCUUUGGCCUGCCAGGUGAUAAUGGGGCUCAUCACGGGGUUUUGCUACCUUGUUGCUAUCUUCUACGCAACCAAUGACCUGUCUGCCAUCAUCAACGGAGACUCAAUCUGCCCCUUGGGGGAUAUCUACUUACAGGCAACGGGAUCUAAAGCAGGCUCCGUGGGCCUCCUGGUAGUGAGUAUCUGCCCGAUUUUAUGCGCAACCGUAGGCUGCUAUAUCACGACUGGGAGGACAUUCUACGCGCUUGGCCGGGGCGAUGCGACCCCGUUCUCUCGUCACAUUGGUGCAGUUAGCCGCACAUGGGGCAGCCCAUUUUACUCCACGUUGGCAUGUGGCAUCUUCAUGACAUGCAUUGGGGCAAUCUACGUCGGAUCUCUUACUGCGUUCAACGCUUUCAUUGGCUCGUACGCCGUGCUAACGACCAUUUCCUAUCUGCUGGCGAUAUUGCCCCAUAUGCUUUCGGGACGCAAGUAUCUUCGCCCAGGGCCCUUCUCUUUGGGCCGGUACGGGGCUGCGGUCAACGCUGUUGCCUGCGCAUAUAUUGUCGUUACCAUAGUGGUUUUCUGCUUCCCGUAUACCAUGCCCGUGUCCGCCGAGUCAAUGAACUACACCUGUGUGAUAGUGACUGGCUUGAGUGCCUUGGUGGCCCUGUGGUGGUUUGUGCAUGGCCGAAAGAACUAUAUUGGGCCGGGGGUGGAUGUGGCCCACGACAUGAGCAGUCUUCCGAGUCCCCGCUCUUCCAUUCCACGCGAACGGCUGUCCAACAAGCUGAAGUCCGUCACAUUCACCGGGUCGCGCAAGGUCAAAUGUGACGAGCGCCAGGCAGAUGGCUGUCGGGUCUGUGAGCACGCCGGGCUAGCGUGUGCCGGCUACGCGGUCACUUUGUGCUGGGUCACGGACGAGAAGCAAAAGCCCGCUGGUGAGCGGUCUCGGCGUAGGAAGAUCCACCCAGAUCAGCCCAAUCUGGCCAGCCUAUCGGAUGACGAUAUUUCUCGCAUCUUAUCCAGGCUUGAUGCGGUUUCAAAUCCAUCUGAGCCUAGUACUGUCACUAUGGGCCCGUUUUCCAUGUUUAGCGCCAAGCUCAGUCCCGCUCCUCUCAGCCACCCAGAUACCCUAACAGAUAGCGGGAAGCCGGAUGACCAUCUCGCUCAGAACAUAGAACCAACUGGUCUGCGAGAAGAUCGCUAUUCUGAAAUUGCACCAAGUGAGGACGUCACUGCAUUUCUGGAUAACGAAUUGCCUUUCCCCCCCCGAGAACGGGCCAUGUUAAACAAUCAUCGCACUACAGAUCGGCCUCAAGCUGCCUUGAGCCCAAUUAGCCAAUCACCAUCCUUGCUGGAUCGUGAGGUCCAUCCUCAUUGGAGUGUAGUACACGAAAGACAAGAAACAGAAGAACGAGAAGAGGAGGAAGAAGACGCAAAUCUACAAGUUUCUGUUCCACAACCCCGCGCCAAACGACGGCGCCUACUUUUUCCACACAACCGCGAACUUUCGAUGCCCCUGUUUCAGGACCAUUACACGUCUAUCCUCUUGCAUCACUACAUGAACCAUGUGGCUGACUUGCUUCAGCCAGUUUUACACCCACGCAACCCGUGGAAAACAAUCUACUUCCCCUCUGCGCUCCAAGGAUGCCCAGAUCUCUUUCUUGCGCAAACUUCUACAUCCGCUUCUUGCGCUUCGAUUUCCCUAUUCCACAGUCUACUCUCAUCAGCUGCUUUUCACCUUCACAACGCUACCAACACCUCCUCUAAUGCCUCUCCUAUUUUCCAUACACUUGGUAUUCGACAUCGAAUCAAAGCCCUUCAGGCUCUAAACUCUAUCCCCAUUCAGGUUACCAAUCCACAGCUAUAUACUGUAUAUCUAACAGCAAUGCUUGCUUUAGUUACAAUUGACACUAUGGUCGAAGAAGAUGCGUCCGACUUCCCAGUCCAUUUGAACGGCUGUAAACAGUUGCGUCAGUUGCCUCAUUCUAUCACCAUGCCUAGUGAUGCAAAUAACCAGGUGCAGAGUAUCUGCAAUGUUCUCACCCUUCUUGCUCGGACUACAUCGCAUGAUGUCGAGCCGCUCCCGUGGAAAUCGAGGGAAACCCUAUUGUCGAGUCCGCUACGUUUUCUUAGCAACGAUAGAAGUGUCGAGUAUAUUUACGGCGUCACCCCAAUUUUAGGCAUCCUUCUAUGGAAGACGUGCGAUAUCGCCCAGCACCUCGCCUUCUAUAAAGGGCGACCGACACCCCCCGACCUUGUUCAUGAGUGUGAAAUCCUGCGAGAUGAGCUUUUGACAUGGCACAUCGAUUCAGAGUCGUUUUAUCUCAUAACAUCGGAUCAGCAGACAAAUCUGGAGAUCGUACACUGUCAAGCGCGCGCCUUCCAUGCGGCCGUCUUGAUCUUUUACCAUCGCACAAUACCCAGCCACAACAACUCUAUCAACAUACAAAGUAGAGUCCGCUCGAUCUGGGUCAACCUCACCCAGGCCGAGAAUCUAAAGGAAGAUUACAUUGGUGCAAAUAAACGGACUGCACCAAUGUCGUGGCCGGCUUUCAUUGCCUCCUGCGAAGCAACGGACCGAGAGCCAUGGAUCGAAUGGUGGACCCGAAUACAGGGAUAUGGGAUCGGGAACUUCAGAAGGCAAUGGCAAAUUAUUCAGCAGAUCUGGGCUAUCAUGGAUGCAAACGAGGAUAUGACGGACUGGCGAGAUGCACUCCGGCAGACGGGGAAAUUGAUAUUACCAAUAUGA